CUUUCUGCACAAAGUUUCUCACUUUGGAACGAUACGCUCAAUGUGAACGGACAAGUUUGUGUAAUUGCUAAAGUGGGCGCUGAUGGUAAGACCAGCUGGGUACCGAGUGAGUGCACGAAAUACAACGCAAACUACUUCUCAUGUCAAAAAUCGACGUGUGAUACGGAUAAUGGUUGUGUGGUAAGAGAGGAGAACUACGAUGACAGUUACGAGGACUAUUACGGCUCCGAUGAAAGUUCGGAGGAGGAGGACGACGACGACGACAACGAGAACGGGAAGGCUAGGGUGAAACGAACGAUUUGA